GUGACGCAUCAUGGCCGCGCCCAGCUGGCUCUGGGUUCCGCAGCUGUUCCUGUGUUUGAUGGUCCCGUCGGCCGCCGCGCUCCAGGUAGAAGCGUCAGAGCAGGUCUGCGGCUGUUGUGCUGGGCCUAUGCGAAACGAGUCCGUAGCAGCCGUUUUCUGCGGUUCCCGGUGGGACAGGGUACGGCGGGGCCGCUGCUGCUUAGAGGGGGACCAGAAGAUUGUUUUGGGGUUGGAUUUUGGGAACUGCUCAUUACAUCGGCUCUGUUCCAGCUUCCAGGAAGUGAGCACAGCUUUCGUCAUUGAUCUUACUGACAAUCCAUUGGAAAGUCUCCCUGAAGGCAGUUUCCAAGGAUUCACUCAGCUGCAGACCCUUGCUUUGCCCCUGAAGCUGGACUGUCCUGGAGGCAGUGAAGUGUGGAAAAAUAUCACCAUACAAGGGAACAACCGUCUCUGUCAAGACCAGAGGAACCCCUGCAAUGGCUCAGGGGGAUUUGAUUCGCUAUGCCCAGAGGGCUCGCUUUGUACUUCUGAUGGACCUGGCUUGUCCCAGUGCCUCUGUGUAGAUCCAUAUCAUGGCUACAAAUGCUUGCGCCAGGGCAAUUUUCCAUACCUGUUGUUCUUUGGAACUUUGGGAGCCAUCACUACUAUCCUCUCUGCCCUGCUUUGGAUCACACAGAGGCGCAAGGCUAAAACCUUUUAGUGGCCUCUCCAUCCUCCUGGCCCACCCACACUACACAAAGGAGGUGCUAGUCUGCAGGCUUCUCUGCUGCCUGUUGCUGCCCUUUGGUUUACGUUACUUGGAGGUUCCCCAUUUUUCUGGGGGAAAUCAUCUUUGGACUGGAGCCUGCCAAAGGGGUCACACAGCUUCCGAUGUAUGGACACCUGGGAGAGAGCUCUAGCAGGAACACUUUUUUUUCAGAUAGCCUGUUUGUUUUGCCAAUGCACAGAAAUUGGUGUUGCGAAUGAAGUAUAAGAGGAGUGGGAAAAAUGAAUGUCUUAUUGGAUGUUAGAUAUCCUCUGGAUUGUACAUUCAAUUUCCAAUAAAGUAAAUACAACUAAA